GAAGCGCCCCGGUCCCCUCGCCGCGGGGGAAGGGCUCUCGCUCCCAAGAUGGCGGCCGCGGCGGAGGAGCGGAUGACUGAGGAGGGAGGCGGCAGCCACGGUGACGGCGGCGCUUCUUCGGCCGCGGGCUCUGCCCAGCGACAGCCCCCGCCUCCCCCGGCCCAGCCCCCGCAGCCGGGGUCCCAGGCGCCCCCAGCGCCGGCGCUGGUUCCGGACCAGCUGCCUCAGAACAACACGCUGGUGGCGCUGCCCAUCGUAGCCAUCGAGAACAUCCUCAGCUUUAUGUCCUACGACGAAAUUAGCCAGCUGCGCCUGGUUUGUAAAAGAAUGGACUUGGUUUGCCAGAGAAUGUUGAAUCAGGGAUUUCUGAAGGUGGAGAGGUACCAUAACCUGUGUCAGAAGCAAGUGAAAGCACAGCUCCCAAGGAGAGAAUCAGAAAGGAGAAACCAUUCUUUAGCUCGUCAUGCAGACAUCCUUGCUGCUGUGGAAACAAGGCUGUCACUGUUAAAUAUGACUUUUAUGAAGUAUGUGGAUUCCAAUCUUUGUUGCUUCAUCCCAGGAAAGGUGAUUGAUGAGAUUUACCGUGUGUUGAGAUAUGUCAAUUCUACCAGAGCCCCACAGCGAGCGCAUGAAGUCCUCCAAGAGUUAAGGGACAUUUCCUCCAUGGCCAUGGAAUACUUUGAUGAGAAGAUUGUUCCGAUUCUGAAGAGAAAGCUGCCAGGAUCAGACGUGUCUGGAAGACUCAUGGGCUCUCCUCCAGUUCCAGGACCGUCUGCAGCCCUAACAACAAUGCAGCUCUUCUCGAAGCAAAACCCUUCGAGACAAGAGGUUACUAAACUCCAGCAGCAGGUUAAGACCAACGGUGCUGGAGUGACUGUUCUCAGGCGAGAAAUUUCUGAGCUUCGCACCAAAGUGCAGGAACAGCAGAAACAGCUUCAAGACCAAGACCAGAAACUGCUGGAGCAGACCCAGAUCAUAGGUGAGCAGAAUGCGAGGUUGGCGGAGCUGGAGCGCAAACUGCGGGAAGUCAUGGAGAGCGCAGUGGGAAGCUCCUCCGGAGCUAGGCAGAGUGAGGAGUCUCCUCGGAAACGGAGAAAGGCUGCAGAAACCAUAGACUCACUUAGAAAAUCGAAGCGACUUCGGAAUCGAAAGUAAAUUGGAGAGCAUGGGCCUUGCCCCAGAGGAAGGCAUGGCUUUGCCUAUCAGGAUCCUGGGAACAACGCUGUGUCCGGGGCUUCUAGGCUUUCAGAACACGACUUCAACCUGAACUCAUGGUUGGGACAUUCUCCCCUGCUUCUCCUUGUGGAACUGACGCACAGAGUCUUUUUACUUUGCAAUAGAUUUGUACUAACCAGAUCUGUUCUAUCAUGUUUUGGGGAGUUGACUUUUUUCUGUGCAGAUAAUGUCUAUUUGUUUCUGCAUAUAUGCACAUUACCUAGGAUCUUAAGCAAAACAGUCUUGACAGACUAGAAAUUGUUUCAUACAGAAAAUGUCCUGUUCACUUGAAAGAAAAAAACCUACUUUUUAAAUGGACACUAUCUUGUUUUCAAAAAAGAAGUUGACUUUUUGUUUUAAGUGACCUUUGUCUGGAAUGUCUGAAAAGUAGUUAAGCUUUUUGGUAUCGAAGUCAUGGGUAACUGAAAGGACUUGCAUAGUAUUGACUGUAGAAGGAGCCUCUACAGUAUUGACUAUAUAUUUUUAUAAACUACUGGCAAGGGAAGGAUCCAGUUGGUAUCCACGUUUUCAGUUCUCUCUGGGGCCAUGUCCUACAUUCGCAUGGAUGAAUGCAUGCACUGCCUAGUCAACCCACUUAAAAGCUCUUGCACUGGCAUUGAUCUUGAACCUCUAUACUUCUCUACUUCUUAGCAUCUUGUUGAUUUAAGUGCUUUACAUCUUCCACCACAACUGCUUGCCUCCAGGGGAGAAUUGCUAGUCCGUUUGUCCUCCAGUUUUAUAGGAACAAGAGACUAUUAAAACCCCUCACUUUUUCUGUCCUCUGUAGGGUUCAGGUACACUGGCUGAGGCAGAACCCCAGGUCCAAGGCUCUAUCAAGACCAGGCCUCUGGGAGCUAGUGCUGGUCCUAACUCCUCACUGUGCAUGAGGAUCAAAUGUGGGACCCAGCUUGUAGAUUUAGUUUUGCCACUGAAGGAAAAUUCACUGAAGAAAAUUGUGCCAUGAAAAGGCAAUUCGAUCAUUUCAUUAUUGAGAGCUGACCUGAGGGAAGCUUUUUAAUAUUAAUUUCAGGCUUUCCUUGUCCUAACUUUACACAGAAGCUUUAAUUUUGUUUGCACUCCUAUUUUGAGCUUGUAACUGGAAAAGCAUGUCUUGCACUGUUCACCCUUCUGAGUGGUCACUUUAACAACCUCCAAAAUGUGUACAGUGGUUCUCUUCCUGAGCUGUAUACUUUUGAGACAUUCAGUUAUCACUGUCCUAGUUUUCUUUUUAUGUACUAAAUUAUGUAGUUAUUUGACUGUUAAAUUCUUUUAAACUGCUGCCUUGGGCUUCAGUUAUUUAAAGUAAAUGUAGGUGUAAUAUAGAAAACUGUCCCUUUCCAGAUGAGAGUUUGACACCUGUAUAAAACCCAAGGUUUUGGUAAGUACCUUAGUUGAAUAAAAGCACAAGGUUAUCCACCACCUGUAUCCGUCCAGCAUGACAUGGUUAUUCCUACUUUAGGUUAAGUUACCAAAUGAAACUUUUUCCUGUCCAUUUUUAGUAUUGUCCUUUCUUAAUUUUGUCCUCAGAUUUUGAUCAAUUCUAUGUCUUAACUUUUAAACUCCGUUUACAAUGUAGUAUGUUUUCAAUGAAAAACCAUAAAGUAAUGUCCAGGUGUUUCAUGGUUUGUUGGGAAGGUAAUUUUAAAAUAAACAGUUUCCUAAAAACAUUUGUCAGCCAAGGUCAUCCAUAAAAGUCCCUGUCUGGAGCGAAUUUUCCUCAGCAGGUCUCGCUUUUGUAACCAUAGGAUUUAGCCAUAUUACCAGAACUUUGCAGGAGGCCUACUGGCAUACUCACAGCCGUUAGUAUGUUUUUCUGCUGUAACAGGAAGACUUUUUCAAGUAGCCGAGUGCAGGUUUACAAAGUAUAAACCUUAUGCAUCAAAGGGGUAUAGCCUCAGAUUAUUUCUGUAGUAGUUGUUAACAAAUUGUUAAAAGCUUUCUGAAUUUCCUUUUAAACUCCAUCUGUUUAGCCUAAAUGUAUCUGUAGCCUUGCUUUGGUUAACAUGAGUGUAUGGCUUUCGUAGUACCAUCCACGGUGUUAGAAAGUAAAUUUUCUGUUCCCCAGACCAGAUUUCUGCAGCACACAGUCCCAGCCUUGAGUUGCACUUGUCAGUGUGUGAAUGUUCCACAUGCAGUGAAACCAAACACUACAGUUAAGUUGAAGUUUCAAACUAGCUAAACUGCUGUAGGUUGUUACCUUCACCGUCACUGAGCCAACUGUUGGGUAGAUGUCACACCUGCUUUGGGGUAGCUUGUAGGUACUGAGGGUUCUAAAGAUCACACAUCAUUUUCAUCAGCUAAAACUGGUAAUAUUACAUUGCUUGUAAACCAGGAGAUGAUCUCUUCCUAGGAGAUCACUCUCCCUCCCCAAAUUUUGUCAGUCAUCUAAAUGCUGUGUGUUGUUAAUAGCGCAACAUUUCAUAAAGUAUUUCCAUCACCUUGACUUCUUUUCAGAGAUGUCUGUGUUUUACUGUGUCAUGUCCACCUACGUUUAUUAUGGUUCAACACCAGUACGUGUAAAAAUGUGAAAAGAUGUGUGCGGAAAGUAAAGAGGACUGCCCCCCAGCAUCCUACUGCUUAUUCCUCGCACACACUGACGCGGUUCCCACACGCCCCGAGGCCACAGAGCCUGUUGUGUUCUGACUGGUCUUUUGCCCUAUGGAGCCUGGAAGUAGGGAAAGAUGUAGGAAAAUGCAGAGCAGUCCUGCUGUUCAGAGCCUGUGGGGUGCCAUCAGGUCUAAAGCCACUGGUUUUGGAAGCAAUUCUUUUGGUAAAAUGUGUUUGGGAGUACUGAACUUUACAGGGGAUUGCCUUAAUCUCUAUUUAGUAGUUUCAAGAUGUAUACACAUUAUUCUACAUGUUAAAGUGUUAAAAUAUUCUGUGUAGCCCCAAAGGUGGGUUAAACAGUAUAAGUAAUGCUUAAAUAAAUAAGCAAAAAGGUGUCGCUACAGCUGGACUUUGAGAGAAGACAUAAUAAUAGGCUAUGCUUCAUAAAAAUAAUGGCACCUUAGUAUUGCACUAUUUUAUGCAUUAUUUUAUAUGCCAUUUCAUAGCCUGCACUUUAAUCUCCAAAGAAACAAUGUAUGAUGUCCCAGUUGUUCCUUAUUAUUAAUAAACUUUUUCCUAGACAGGGCACUUAGUUCUAUUUUAUUAUACUGGAUUUCUUGGAGGUGGAUUCUGUUUUGAGUUCUCUACUUCCUUAGCCAUAAAGUUUUUGAGGAUCUGGGAACUCCCUCUCAUCUUGCCAGCAGUGUGUAAUUUUAAUUUAAUGCAAUGGAAACCUCAUCCUUGGUGAUCAGCACCUCCUUAGAUCCUCUCUGCAGUGAGUACCAGUUGAUCACUCAAGUCAGAUCUGCAGUUGAUGCUGUAGUGAGUUUUGAAGGCAAGAGAGGAUAGAAGGCAUCUGGAAACAUCCUGCAGCAGCAGGUGCUGGGAAAGGCUGGCUCUGUAGGAAAUGCAGUUUGAUGUGCUGUCCAGUUCUUUGACUUGGGAUCCUUCCGAAUUUCUUUAACUGGUACAUAAAAGGCUAGCAGCCUACCAUCUGCAGUGAAUUACUUUCAGAAAGUACUGAGCCUACAGAAAGACUAGUACCAGGUUGGCCAGUCCUGCUGUGAUCUCACUUUGAGUAGCAAUAGUUCUGUCAGUUUCAGGCUUGAGUCUUUUGGCCUCUUGAAACUUCUUAGUUCAAGUCCUGAGGUUCAAAAGUUAUAUCCACAUUUUUCCUGUUGUGUCUGAAGAAAACCAAGAGGUUUAGAAUCUUAGUGGUAAUCUACACAUUAGAUCUGUUGCCAAAGCCUAGCAGACCAUACUUAAACCACCCAAAGGUGAGAUGUGUUUAGAAUUCCUUACUGUGUUACGUGUCUGUUUACCUAUGCUCAUGAGCAACAAUAAAACACUAGUUUACCUUUUGGAAUUUUAAUUGUUUUAACGAUCGAUCGGAAAAUGAAAAGCACCUCCGGGUCACACAACAGGGUACAUAAAUAAAUGUGUUGUUACCAGU